AUGUCGAAUAUGAGAUCUAGGAAUUUGUACGAGGCGUUGAUGAUCAAAAAUAGAAUGGCUGAAAGUAAAAGACAGAAUGAUAUUAGAGAAAAUCAAAAAUAUUUUCGCGAUUCAGCAAUAAAGGCUAGACAAGAAAAGAAGUGGACAUCAGACAACUAUUUUAACAAUAGGUAUCUUAAGGAUGAAUGCAUUGAACCAACUCGUUAUGAAAUGGAUUCAACGGCAUAUACGAAUGGCAAAGCAGAUCUAAAGGUGGAUCAAGAUAACAAUCUUAAAAAAUCUUUCUCGAACUCUGAAGUUUCUGGUGAUAUUCGCUCUGAAAUUGAAAUAAAUGAGCAUACUUUGGAGCAGAAAAUGGAAGAACUCAGAAAUUUCGAUGCUGAAUCUAAAGAACUGGAUAAUAUUGAAAGAGAAAUAUUGGAUCAUCAACAAAAGACAAAAUGUUUGAUAGAGGAAAGGAAAAAAAUAGCUGAAUCGCGACUUCAAAGGCGUUUCGAGAAAAUGCUUAUUCGUCGGCAAGUUGCUGAUCUAAAGCGUCGUUCACGCCAAAUCCAAGACGAUCUCACUUAUGAUCUAGCUUGGUUAGAUCACCUUCAUGAGUUGGAAGGUGAAGAAGAAGGAAGUCAGCUUAAUGAUGUUAAAAAAAUACUCGAAGAGGUACUACACCGAGAAAAGCGCCGUGAAGGAGACAUGGACGACUUUCUUUCGUCGGAGUUGUCGGAAGUGGCAAGGAAAAUAGAAGAGGAGUGGAGAGGUGAGGCAGAAGCCCGUGAUAAAUUACUGAACGAUAUUAUUGCCGAGUGUCAAGAAAAGUUGACGAGUCGCCUGAAGGCAUUGGCUUCAAUGAGAUGUGAACGAGAGGAGAAAUAUGCUAGACUGAUGGACGAGAUUGAUGCUGCCAAAGAAUCCUCUCUCGCCUGCCACCAACUGGAGAAGCGAAGUGGAGAUGAUUACCAACCCCAACUACCACUUCACAUCAGUGAAAAGAACAAUUGUUAUUUGUACGAUAGUGACAAGUUAGUUAGUAAUUUUGAACCCGUAAAUGAGGCCUCAAAUUCGAAAUGGAUAGAGCCUUCAGUUCCAAAUCACAGACGCAAGACUCAACUAUGGUAG